AUGUCUUCCUCAGUUUCAGAAAUCCAAAACACAGCGACAGAAAUUAAAAUCCCUGAAACCAAAUCUCCAAAUAGUGAAGCACCAGUAGAAGCUUCUAGCCCUUUGAGCGAUAAGAGAAUUCCGAACGAGUCCGGCCCAGAAGCUUCCGAUCAGUCAAAGAAGGGUUCCGACAGUGAAAGGAAGAGCUUCAUUGCUUCAGAGAAGUGCGUGGAAGAUGCGGAGAAGAACAAGGAAGAUAUUGUGGACAAGUGUUUUGAGGUGACUAGCUUGCUAAAGAAGUGCAUGGAACAACACUCUGAUUAUUACCAUCCCAUUCUUCAAGCAGAAAAAGUCGCCAAGGACGAGGCCGUCAUGGAGCUGGAUGAUUCUCAGAAAAUCCACUCUGCAUCCACCCGCGAGGAGCCUACACAUUCUCGAAAAACUGACAAUAUGUCUUCCUCGAUUUUAGAAAUCCAAAAUACAAUGACAAAAAUUGAAAUCCCUGAAACAAAAUCUCCAGAGAGUGAAGCACCGGCAGAAGCUUCUAGCCCUUCGAGCGAUAAGAGAAUUUCUAAGGAGUCCGGCUCAGGAGCUUUUGAUUAG